AUGGGGAGGGCCAUCGUUGAGCCCAGUGAUCGGGCCUACUUCAUGGCAACGGUUCUAGACAUUGAAGCCGGAAACAAGCGGUAUUUGGUCAGAUACCUGGGAGAAGCCGAUCCUUGCUGGAUCGACGCCUCGAGAGUGCGAGCGGUCCCGCCGAACAUGGAUGUUCAAGAAUUUCAGAAUUGGGAUCCGCAGCCUGGAACCAUGGUUGAAGUCUACUUUGCCGACGAAGGGCAGGAAAGCUGGUGGGAAGGGCAAGUUCAGAAGAACAAAGGAGGAUUUUACUUCAUAACCUUCCCUGAUGAGGGAGACGUGGGGACCCACGAGGUGGUGGAGAAGGAAAGAAUCAGACCGUCGUAUGCUCAUACUCCGGCGAACUUGGUCAAGGGAGUUUUUCAUGUCCCCCCUGGCCUCGAGAAGGACAUGCUUCUUACGUCUGACCAUCUUCCCAAGCUUGCGAAGCUGGCUGACUUGUUCGCCCUUCACUUGUCCCCGAACGGCAAGAGUUUGAUCGGCCUGGGAUUCUCCAGAGCUGUGGAAACUGCAGAGUCCGUGAUCAACUUGCACUUCAGAAGGGUGCCACAACUUGCCGAGAUCAAUUCCAGAGCUUCGGCUCUACAAAAGAAGCUCGCCACCACUGAAGACCAGAUGAGCCGAGGAUACUCGGUAGGAUAUGGCUUCCAGCUCCCAUUCAGAGUAGAUCCGGACAAGUUGAAGAUGGUGAUCGGAGCGAAGGGUGCAAACAUUCGGAAGGCAAAGUCUCUUCCAGGUAUCCACCACAUCGAGGCUCGACCUGACGGGGUGGUCACUGUGUGGGCGGAGAAGCGAGAAGAAGCUGAAGCCGCACGUGAACUCCUUGAGAUCGUGACAGACUCUGUUGGCUUCAUGGAGAACGAGGCUGGUUUCAUCAUCGGUCGCAAAGGCGAACAAGUCCAAGAGUUGGAAGAUAUGUCAGGAUGCAGGAUACAGGUUCACAUCACAGGAGUGAGAGGUUGUGUAGCAAAGGCCAAGGCGCUUCUUAUCUACACCAUCGAGACUUAUCGUGAGCAGCGAGAGAAGGAGAGGGUGAUCGAAAACUUGUCGGACGAGCUCAGAUCCCUGGGAGUUCACUUCGGAUUCGCUCGAGACGGGCCUGGAGGACGGUAUCCACGGGGCCAGGGAGUCAGCAGAGGCACGAGACCAUCGGGAGCCCCAAUGCCGACGAGAGGAAGAGGUGGGGCAGUCAAUAACGGAGCCGGCAACGCGAAUGAGAGGAUGAAUGGUCCCGUCAUGCCGCCUGGUCCUCCCCAGAUGAUGCGAGGGGAAGCAGGACAGCAGCAGCAACCCAGACAGAAUCAGCCCCGCAUGCAGCCUGCCAAGCCUCUCCCAGCUGAAGGGCAGCAGCAGCAGAGCAGCGCCCAGGGAGUAGCGACCAACGGCUCAGGGGGGAAAGAAGAGGGAGCAGCAGACGGCAAGACAGCCGAGCAGGAGUCGCUUCCUCCCAGGCAGAGCACCGUUCAAAGGCGCCAGACCAACCAGAAGGCUCCGGCCAAGAGCCAGGAGACUGAGGGUGCAGCAGCUGCUGUGGAGAACCAUCAGAGCCAACAAUAUUCUCAGCCUGGGACUCUGGAGGAGAGCGGAGGAACAGAGGUAAACGGGUUCGGGCAUGCGGGCCAGGAAGAUGGAAGUCAGUCGUCUCUGCGGGCGAAGCUAGCAGAGCAAGGGAAAUUGCCAGAAAACGGACAGGACGAGGAGCAAGAGGACGUGGACGUGGACGAGGGAGGGGUUACCUCGGAGUGA